GCCGUACACGUGGUAAAUCCCGAAUCACAAACUGAUUUUUGUGCAGCACCAUCGAGAUUAAUAAGGUCCCUCCUUGACGUUUAAUCAGCUUGCGCUCUUCUACACUCCAAAUUCAGCUCAAGUUCUUGGAGGACUGCGUGUUUACUCUCAUGGCGAUUGAGGCAUGGUUCAUGGAAGAGAACGAUGAGGAUCGGAGGCUCCCUCAUCAUCGCAACCCUAAAGAGUUCGUUUCACUCCACCACUUAGCAGACCUGGGCGUGCUAUACUGGCAUUUAAACCCAAAGCACUACGAAAACGACGAGGAAUUGAAGAAGAUCAGAGAAGACAGAGGCUACAGUUACACAGAUAUGUUGGACCUGUGUCCUGAGAAAAUGGAGAAUUACGAAGAGAAGCUGAGGAACUUCUACACGGAGCACAUCCAUGGAGACGAAGAGAUUCGGUACUGCUUGGAGGGGAGUGGGUAUUUCGAUGUGAGGGACAAGAACGACCGUUGGAUUCGCAUCUGGAUUAAGGCCGGCGAUCUCAUUGUCUUGCCCGCUGGAAUUUACCAUCGCUUCACUCUCGAUACCUCUAACUACGUCAAG